AUGAAGUUCAUCAUCUCGUCCUCCGUCCUGGCCCUGGCCACGGCUGCUGCGGCUCUGCCCACCGAGAAGUCUGCCCAGAAUGAGAAGAGGGCUACUCCUAAGAUCUACCUGGCCGGUGACUCGACCAUGGCCAACAACGGUGGUGGCAGUGGUACUGCGGGUUGGGGUCAGUACCUUGCGUACUCGAUCAAGAACGCUGAGGUCCUGAACUGGGCCCGCGCCGGCCGCUCCGCUCGCUCCUACACCGAUGAGGGCCGCUUCGAUGAGAUCAUCAACGCCGUCCAGUCGGGCGACUACGUCGUCAUUGAGUUCGGUCACAACGACGGCGGCUCCCCCGUCAACUCUGACAACGGCCGCAGCGACUGCCCCGGCACUGGCUCGGAGACGUGCACCACGCCCGACGGCCUGAUUGUGCAGACUUUCGUCACUUACGUGACCAACGCGGGCAAGGCUCUGACGGCCAAGGGCGCCAAGGUGAUCCUGUCGUCGCAGACGCCCAACAACCCGUGGGAGACGGGCAGCUACGUCUACUCGCCCCCCCGCUUCGUCGAGUACCAGCAGAUCGCGGCGGCGAACAUUGGCGACGGCGCCACCUACAUCGACCACGGCGCAUACGUCGGCGCCAGGUACGAGAGCCUCGGCUACGAUGCCGUGACGGCCUUCUUCCCCAACGACCACACCCACACGAGCCCCGAGGCGGCGGACAUUGUCUCCCAGGCCUUCGUCAAGGGUGUGUUGUGCGCGAAUGCCGAUUUGAGCACGUACAUCUCCAACUCGACCAGCAGCAUCGAGGGUGAAUGCAUCUAA